AUGCAGCUGACCGCCCUGCUCAGCCUCGCCAGCUUCGGCCUGAAUAUCAUCCCGUCCGCAGCGGCUCCUAUCACUGAUUUGGAUCGCCGCGCCGACGGGUCGACUGGCCAUGUCCAUGAUAUGAUGGAGAAGCGUCACACCUACUACUUGGACGAGGAUGAGAACGCACUCGAGAAGCGCCACAAGUACUACUUGGACGAGGAUGAGAACGCACUCGAGAAGCGCCACAAGUACUAUUUGGAUGAGGAUGAGAACGCUCUCGAGAAGCGCCACAAGUACUACUUGGAUGAGGAUGAGAACGCUCUCGAGAAGCGCCACAAGUACUACUUGGAUGAGGACGAGAACGCCCUCGAGAAGCGUCACAAGUACUACUUGGAUGAGGACGAGAACGCACUCGAGAAGCGUCACAAGUACUACUUGGAUGAGGACGAGAACGCACUCGAGAAGCGUCACAAGUACUACUUGGAUGAGGACGAGAACGCACUCGAGAAGCGUCACAAGUACUACUUGGACGAGGACGAGAAUGCCCUUGAGAAGCGCCACAAGUACUAUUUGGAUGAGGAUGAGAGCGCCCUCGAGAAGCGCCACAAGUACAUCUUGGAUGAGGAUGAGGUCGCGGCCGUCUAG